AUGCCUGCGGAGCCCCUCGCCAACCUGAGCACGCAGCUCCCUGCAGGCAAUGCCAGCCACGCCGGGGUGCCUGGGGAGCUGGAAGAGGACCUCCUGCCUCCUGCCACCCAAGCCGCCGUGUUCAUCAUCCGCUGUGUGAUCCCUUCGCUUUACCUGCUCAUCAUCACCUUGGGCUUGCUGGGCAACAUCACGCUGAUGAAGGUCUUCAUCACCAACAGUGCCAUGAGGAGCGUGCCCAACAUCUUCAUCUCCAGCCUGGCUGCCGGAGACCUCUUGCUGCUGGUGACCUGCGUGCCCGUGGACGCCUCCCGCUACUUCUUGGAGGAGUGGAUGUUCGGGGAGGUGGGCUGCAAGCUCAUCCCGGCCAUCCAGCUCACCUCGGUGGGAGUGUCUGUCUUCACACUCACGGCCCUGAGCGCGGACAGGUACAAAGCAAUUGUAAAUCCCAUGGAUAUCCAAGCAUCCAGCGCUGUCCUGUGGACUUGUAUUAAAGCUAUUGCCAUUUGGAUCAUCUCCAUGCUGUUAGCAGUCCCUGAAGCAGUGUUCUCUGAAUUGGCCAUCAUCAACGACACAGAUAAUGUCAGUUUCCUGGACUGCAUACCAUACCCCCAGACUGAUGAGAUGCACCCAAAGAUCCACUCCGUUCUGAUUUUCUUAGUGUAUUUCCUUAUCCCUCUUGCCAUCAUUAGUAUCUACUACUAUCACAUUGCAAGGACCUUAAUUAAGAGUGCACACAAUAUCCCUGGAGAACAUAGUGAGCAUUCCAAAAGACAGAUGGAAACUCGAAAGCGCCUGGCAAAAAUAGUCCUGGUCUUUGUUGGCUUUUUUGCUAUUUGUUGGUUUCCUAACCAUGUGCUAUACAUGUACCGGUCCUUCAAUUACAAUAAGAUUGACUCAUCACUAGGACAUAUGAUCAUUACUUUAGUGGCCAGAGUACUCAGCUUCUGCAACUCCUGUGUCAACCCCUUUGCACUGUAUUUGCUCAGUGAGAGUUUUAGGAGACAUUUCAACAGCCAGCUUUGCUGUGAGAGGAAGUCUCAUCAAGAGAGAUCUACCAGUUACCUGCUUAGCUCCUCUGCCAUUCGGAUGACUUCUCUAAAAAGCAAUGCCAGGAACACAGUGACCACCAUGACUCUGCUGAAUGGGCACAACCUGAAACAAGACGUGUCAUUAUGA